AUGGAGACAUUACCGGAACUCAGCCUUCCCGACAAGCAAUAUAGCAUGGCCAACUUUGAUGACACUAUUCCGUUCGCCGCGUCUGCUAGGCCGGGCAAGAGACUGCGUGUCGCGCGCGCUUUCGUCGAAACCUCGCACAUGAAUGGAACUCUUCAGCGAAACGAACAUCUCGAACAACAGAAUGUGGAUGUCACUUUGGGGACCUUUGCCGCCAACCUCACCUCCGGUAACGCUUUGGAUCGAGAAGCCAUAUCGAGGGCAUCGCCGGAUGCUAUUACAGACGUCCAGGGUCAUUAUGUUGGCCCUGCAUCUGGGCUGUCUUUCUUAGCGCGCGUCCGGAAGCGUCUCAAUUUCAAUGAUCAAGCAUCAUCGUCUUUCACCUUUGGAGAUGCCCCAAUGGCUGAUCAUGACCCGACUCCAUCUAUCAUGAUCUCCUCGGAAGAGUCAUUGCGGUUGGUUGAAAGGUUUUUCGACUUCACAGUACCCAUUGAUCGGAUAGUCCAUCGGCCAACGAUAGACAACUGGCUCCGGGAAUUCCAGGAUACCAUGGGAAGCAUGAGAGACGUUGAGAAUGCUUGCGCUCAACGGGCUAUACUCUGGAUGAUAUUCGCCAUGGCUCAGGAACACGGAGCUCCGGAAAGGACUGAAAAGACCGAAGAUAGAAGCGUCCGCUAUUUCUUAGCAGCUGACUAUCAGCUCUCCAAAGAACGAGGUGUGGACUGCCGGCGCAGAACCUUUUGGAGUGCGUACUGUCUGGAUGCGCAUCUAAGCCUCACCUUAGGUCGCCCCAGGAUAUUUCAUGACGAAGAUAUUGAUCAGGAACUACCUUCGGGAGCUGAUGACUCAAACCUGAGUGACGAUGCUUUAAAGUCACUGAGUAGUCAUGGCUACUCCAAGAUGGUUGCUCCCGUGGCAUAUUACAGGCUCCACCGAGUUCUUACUGGAAUUCUCCGAGACUUGUACUCAAUUCGCCCUGUUUCUCUAGAGAAACAAUGCACGCUCGCGGGGCAAUAUUCAAUAAUGCUCGAGGAAUGGCGCGACAGCCUUCCCAAGUUUUUGCAAAUAGAUAACGGGGAGAUACAUCCUCUCAUCGCCAUCUAUCAACGGCAGCGAGAUGUCCUUCACUACACCUACUGGCACGCGAUGAUUCUCACUAAUCGCCCCCUCAUGUUGAGAGGAUUCACCAAUGGCUCAGAAAGUGGCACAGAGAUGUUUGAGGACGGCUUGAUGUUUCGGUCUUUUUGGGGUGAGGCUUUCCAAAUUCCACAAAUGCAAAACACCUAUGAGGUCAUACUAAUCAGCAUAAUCGGAAAGGGAACCUGUUACUAUGGAUUUGCAGCUAGUGUCGUUCUUUUCGUCUACACAAUUCAGAAAGCUCCAUCUCUCGCUGUUGAGGAUCUGCAUCAUUUGGAGACCGGAGCUCGUUGCCUGGGCCAUCUUGCGACUUUCAAAAAACAUACCCCUCUUGUCGCACGUUAUGUUCUCAUACUAGAGGAGUUACAACAGGAGGCACAGAGGCGUAGUGAGGGACAAUCCACCCCGUCGGAUUGUAGCAUAACAGCCAGUUACACCGAUGCUGCGGCAGUUGAGUAUGCCAAUAUUAUCGGUGUACGGAUGCCUUUUCCAGCUUCUGGCUAUGAAGACUUUGGUGGCGCACCUACUGAUCUUGCAUCUUGGAUGCAAUUUGAACCGCUGCCUAGGGGGCUCACGAUCAAUAGCUCCUUUUCCGGGUUCAGGGGUUCAUGCUCAGGAAUACUGCAUGUCAAAGUCAAAAGCCGGGGGUGGGGGGUUGGCUUCCUUAAAACACUUACACAUGGGGCUAUAGGUGUAGACUUAGGGUAUAAUGGAGACACGACCGCGACCUUUGUGUUUGGUGGAGCUUGGGCGAACGUGAUCGACGCUGUCACUCGAAGUAAGGCAUCCUUCCAGCCAUACGUGACUAUCCAGUUUGGUCACAACGACCAAAAAAGUACUUCGGGCGUCACUCUCGCUGAAUACGCCACGAACUUAGAAAAUAUGGCCCAAGCCGUCCUCUCUGCUGAAGGAAUACCAAUUCUAGUGACUCCUCUGUCUAGACGAACUUUCAAUUCGACGACGGGACUGGUUAUUGAAGACUUGGCCACGCAACGGAACAUCGCCAUCACCGUCUCGGAGUCCAUGGGCGUUGAUUACAUUGACUUGAGUCAGGCCAGCACUAGAUAUCUAGAUGCAAUUGGCGCUUCUGACUGGGCGUCAUACAACCGUGUUGCAACUGACUAUACGCAUUUGAACCCCACGGGCAGCGUAGUAUUCGGAAACAUGGUGAGCUGGCUACUUCUUAACAGCACCGCCAGCUAUAUCUACCCUAGCGCCUGA